GUGCGCUGGCUCGUCUGACGAACCCAAAUUAAUUCGAAUCCCCACCACGGAAAACCAGCUUUCACCAUGGGAACGGCGAUGUUUGCUCGAGUGACUUUUUACCCCACGUUAUUCUACAAUGUGAUGAUGGAGAAGAUCACCAGCCGGCGCUGGUAUGACAGGAUAGAUGACACAGUCAUCCUCGGCGCGCUGCCUUUCCAGGGAAUGACCAAUAAGUUAAAAGAAGAGGAAAACUUAAAAGGAGUUGUGUCUAUGAAUGAGUCCUAUGAACUGAAGAUAUUCUCCAAUGAUGCACAGAAAUGGCGGGAACACGGAGUCGAGUUCCUUCAACUGGCGACUACGGACAUCUUCGAGACGCCGGACCAGGAAAAACUGUAUGAAGGAGUCAAGUUCAUCAACAGGUUCCUGCCGGUUGGCGCGAAGUUAACCGGCGUGUCGACUGAAGCGGCGCAGUUGAACAGCGGCAGCGUGUACGUGCACUGCAAGGCGGGCCGCACGCGCAGCGCCACGCUAGUCGGCUGCUACCUUAUGCUGAAAAACGGGUGGUCACCGAAAGAAGCAGUGGAAUACAUGCGAGAGCGCAGACCGCACAUCUUGCUGCACACCAAGCAGUGGGAGGCGCUUAGUAUAUUCCACUCGCGGCACGUCAAGCCCUAGCCUUACGGUAGGCCGCGGUCUGAAUGCCAGCGGGACAGUUUAUUGCUGAAUUUUAUAAACGUAAGAUUUUUAUCGAUACUUAUGACAAAUGUGUGCCACAUCCCUAUUCCAUUCUUUGUUACUUUCCUUAUUGCAUGAAAUCUGAAUUUGACAAACGUGAGCUUUUUAUCGAUAAUAAAACGCACACCCAUCCCUAUUCCAUCCAUAUUCCCUCUUGUAAUAUAACAAAACAAAGUAAUUUUCAAUAUUUUGAGAUUUUUUCUUCAAUUUAAUGAAUGUUAUGUAGUGAUGUACAAGGCUCGAGGCUUCCGAGUCCUUUUGCCGAGAGCUCAGAGUCGUUUACAGGGCUCGCCUCGUUUGUAUGUAUGUAAGAUUGAUUUUGCUUUGUUCUUCAUUUGUGAUGGUGUUGAGUAUUGGGUAUAAUAAUAUGUCGAUAUAAUUAUCGAUGAACUAAUUCGUCAUGGAAUAUUAUUUUGUCCCUUUGGCAUUCAGACUGUAACAUAUUAGGUAUUUUAAUUAAGUAGGCGACGAAUCUACCAAAUACAAUACAGGUCGUGGAUAUCUUGUCACUCCAAAACGUGCUCUUCUAGUUUAACAUUAAGGACUGCGUUUUUAUUUCAAAGUGCAAAUGCAUUUGUAGUGCCUGAGGGUGUAUAUUUAUUAUUGUAAUAAAAUCAGUGGUCCCUUCUUUAUCACAGCAGAUGCCGAUGUAAAGACGAAAGCACAUCAGAAUUUACAGUUUUUUUUAUCCAGUUUUAUUGCGAAAUAGCCUUUAUUACAACUACAAUAAGAUGCCAGUGUUUAUCUUGACCGUACCGUCGUCUCUACAUGAGUGUAAUCUACAACCCAAUCGAAUUAACUGCGCACUUGGCAGUCGUGACGUCACAUCGACGCUCUGUUACGGAGCGAACUCGGUGAAGUGUGCGGGUGAGUAGAGUCGCAUUCCAGCGAGGUACGCAGUUAAUUCGAUCGGGUGAUACUAAGAACUACGCAGUCGAUAUUGUAACAAAAAUGUGUAGUCAGACACCAUCUGAUGAAGAAUUUCAGUUACCUUGUAAAAGUUUCUUUGAAAAUGAAGUCUAAAAAUAUUCUUAGUUAAUCUAUUGGUUUACUUACAAUCACAUUACGGGUUUUAAGUAUAUUACAGAUAGUAAAAUAUUUUAUUUCAAAAGUGAUUGCCUUAUGAAUUUUUAUCGUAAUAUUUAACGAUUAUUUAAAAGAAGUCAUGCACAUACACAAAAGUCUGGUUGUAUAGAAAUAUUAUGUUGUUUUAGUUUUUAUUCACGAAUAUUAUGGAGUAGGUAGGUAAAUUAUUUAGAUAUAUUUCUAUUUGUUAUGUAUUUAUUGAAUAAACAACUAAUUUAUAAUCGGAUAUAAAUACAACUUGUUUUUUAAUCAACGUUUUUCUAUUAUUUACCUUUAUUAUUAAAUUUUACAUAGGUAUACCUUAUCGUUAGGUAUUCAUUUAAUAUCAUUAUCUUUAGUUUUGGGACCAGACAGAUAUUCAAUUACAAAGAUUUUUUUUUUCAGUAUGCAUUAAGACAAAUCACAGGAAAGCACUUGGGUUUUCGACAUCUUUUCGAGUUAUAAUGCGGGCCAAAGAUUUGUAUUAAUAUGUAUGAGCUGUUGUACUAAGUAUGUAUGUAAAUGUGACAAACACGCAUUAUAAUAGCUAUCGCUGAUCUGCUGAUUCCACGAUAAACUUAGAACUUUGAGGAGCUAUUUGUGUGCCGGUUAUUGUGUGUUAUCCUCGUCUUAUCUCUGGUUAGUCGUAAUGAGGAUGAAUGGAUCUUGUGUUUUGUUCCAAUUAUGUAAGUAGGAUGAGCAUAGGUAUUAUUAUUAUGUUAAUAGUAUUGCACAAGUCCUAUUGGUAUAUAUCCCCUCUGUAUCAGGCUCUUUAUCGUAGUUUUCCCUUAUUCAAUUAUAAUGGUAAUAUUUUGAACUUCAUUAACUCUUAUUUAAAAGAAUUUUUGAUUUAACAGAAACGUUCUGGCUAUUAACCUCGGUCCUGCAGUAAUUGGCGAUCAUUAACAAGAUAUAAAUAAAAGCCAUAAAUUGAACUAAAACUUUUAAUUCAUAAUUCUAACAAUAAAUUAUUCACAAAGAUCCACCCGUGAUACUUUCACAGCGCAUACAAUAAAUAGCGAAAUCAACGGCACAACUAACUCGGUAAUACUUUAGAAAAUUUUCUAAUCGUGUAAAUUGUGCUUUAUUAAGUACCUGAUAUUCUUAAUAUCUUCUAAAUGGCCAGACUUUUAUAACUAAUUCAUUGUCAAAUGAAAUUUCAGGUACACAGUUACCUUAUUGAGAUGAAGUUGUCCAUGUUUUUGAAAAAACAUCCGCAAAUAUACAAAAAUCUGGCACACCACGCAGCUUGGAUAUUGACACACAUAAUGUUACAUUGUCAUAAAGUAAAAACGAGACAUUGCCAGCAACGUUAAAUCCUUAAAAAAUACCUAAAAUACAUCGCGUAUGUAAAAAAAUACACUUAUUGUCUUCAAGCUGUGCCAGCAUUGCCGACCUUAUUGCAAUGGCUUAAAGCUCAAAUAAAAAUGGUAACCUCAAUUAUCAUUACAAUAUAAUACAAAAACAAUCGUUUUGGAAUCUCAUAUCUUGAAUAUUAUACAGGAUCCAACCGUCUCGAUAAUAUCGUUUCUAAAUAUUUACAUCUCAGCCUCUUAUUGUGUGAAGAUGUUACAAGAAAUUGCAUCUUUGUGCUCAAUCAAUCACCAGUUAAAAUUAUCUGUACAUGAUAACAUACUAUUUCUAUAGUACUUUAUUCACUCAUUGAACAGAAUAAUUUACUCCAACUGGUGAGUUCAAAUACGAUAGUUGAAGAAUUUAGAACCAUAGUGACACAUAUUUUUCUUGUAUUAAAAGUU